AUGAGACUCACGUCGCUCGUCAAAAGCAAGCACGACGCUUCCGUGUCCUUGAACCUACCUUGUGAUCAUAUGGAAGUAAUACACCGUUCGCUAUUGAGAACCUAUAACGAUACGAAGAAGAACGCCCGGAAACUCAUCCUCGUGGUGACAAUUAUUUCGGCAGUAACUGAUGUCUGCUUAGCAUCCAUCGCUCUGGUGCUAGCUUCUGACCGCAAGAGUGCGUCGAUUUUCGCUUUUUCGCUGGAGUGCUUGCUGGAUUUCAUGUCUUCCGCCAUUGUGAUUUGGCAAUUCUCGCGCAGCACAUCGAAACGAACAGAGUACCUAGCUUGUGUCUUCCUUGGAGUUCUCUUCAUCGCAUCGGGAUUCGCAGUGUGCCUGCGGGCCGUGACCGGUAUAGUGUACCAAGAGCACCCUAUAGUCAUGCCGCUCUUGAUUCUGCUGUCGUCGUCCGCGUGCUCGAUUUGCGCAACCUUAGCCGUACUCAAGUUUUGGGUGGCAAACCACGUGACGCGACUUCACUGCGGGAUCUCGGCCAAAACUGUGGCGCUCGAUGGCGUCGGUUCCCUGCUGAGCGGUUUCUGUGCCUUGAGCCUGAUUGUCGGCACCGUUGUGUAUCGACGACGUAGAAGGCUCUGGUUUAUCGACUCAGCUCUAAGCACAUUCGCCGGCCUCAUCAUGGCUGCUAUAGGAUCCAGGGUGAUAUAUCAACAUGGGGUGCAUUAG